CAUUGCCCACGCGUUAUGCCUCGCCCCAGCGCGUGCUGCACUGCUGCUACUUAACCAUGCCCCCGCGCAGACGGUACAGAACUUCAACGACGACGACAACGAUGCCGUCGCCCGGCCUGGACGUGCGGUGCACAGGCCACAGCGCAAAGUGUAAACGCAACCAAGCCGGCCCGACGACCAAGAAUGCGGGACGAUACUUCUACACGUGCCCGCUAGCCAAGGACGACUCGGCGCGGUGCAAGUUUUUCAAGUGGGAGGACGAGGUGCGCCGGCCCGACGCGACGAGCGCGAGCGGCACGCCGACCGCCGGCGGCGGGAACACGCUCGGCGCGUCGCCUGCGCGGCUCGGGCUCGUCGGGCUGGGCCGCGGAGGCGGCGCCGGCGACAGCACGCCGCGCCAGCCGCCGCCGCGCCCCCUCAGCGCGUACUUCAAGCCCGCGGCGGACCCCCUCGAAGCCGAGGGCGGGAUCGACUGGUCCGCCGUCGACGCGGACGGGCUCGAGGCCGCCGCGAUCCGCAACACGCCCACGCCGCUCAAGGCUACGCCGGGCCAGCCCGUCCCUUCGUCGGCUGUGGGCAGCCCGACGCCCGCCGCGCUCGUGUCGGAGCGCCUGUUCGACGCGGCCGGCGCGCCGAAGCGGAAGCGCGAGAGUUUGGGCGGCGGUGGUGGCCGGUCGCCCAAACGCGCGGGCAGCGCCAACCCCUUCCUCGAGAGCGAGGUCGCGACGCCCGCCGACGCGAUACGCACUAUCCCUCCUGCGGCCGAGACGCCGCGCCGUCGCGCUGUCGGCGGAGGCGUGCCGGACAGGCCGUCGACGAGCGCCCCGACGCCCACUGGUGCUGCAGGCGAGCGCCCGCCACACCCCGCCCUCUCGGCCACGCUCGCGUCGCUCGACGGCCUCAGCGAGCACCUCGCCCGCCAGGACCGCCUCGUACGCGCCGCCGAGGCUAUGAAGAAGAGCAUGCGCGAGACGAUCCGCUCCCUCCAGGCCCGCGUCAAGGAGCUCGAGGACGAGCUCGCUGCGGCGCGCAAGUAG